AUGGCGGCUGCAACAGCAAGCGGUGGCAACACAAGUUUCUCCAACUCACCUCUCAUCCAAAACUCUGAUUCUAAUCAGAUUGUUGUCCCUGAGAAAAAGAGCUGGAAAAACUUCUUCUCGUACUUAGGCCCUGGCUUUCUUGUCUCAAUUGCUUACAUUGAUCCUGGAAACUUUGAGACUGAUCUGCAAUCAGGAGCUCAAUACAAGUAUGAGUUACUCUGGAUCAUAUUGGUGGCGUCUUGUGCAGCUCUGGUGAUUCAAUCUUUGGCUGCAAAUCUUGGUGUUGUCACAGGAAAGCAUUUAGCAGAGCAUUGUAGAGCUGAAUACUCCAAAGUUCCAAACUUUAUGUUAUGGGUUGUUGCGGAAAUCGCUGUAGUCGCUUGUGACAUUCCAGAAGUUAUUGGAACAGCAUUUGCAUUAAACAUGCUUUUCAAUAUCCCGGUUUGGAUUGGUGUUCUUCUCACAGGAUUUAGUACAUUGAUUCUUCUAGCCCUUCAACAAUAUGGGAUUAGAAAGCUUGAGUUCUUGAUCGCAUUUCUUGUGUUAACUAUUGCUCUAUGCUUCUUGGUUGAGCUUCAUUACUCAAAGCCAGACCCGAAAGAAGUCCUUUAUGGUCUCUUUGUUCCUCAGUUAAAGGGAAAUGGUGCAACUGGUUUAGCUAUCUCUCUCCUCGGUGCCAUGGUUAUGCCGCACAAUCUCUUUCUCCACUCAGCUUUAGUUCUCUCUAGAAAGAUUCCUCGUUCAGUAACCGGCAUCAACGAAGCUUGUCGAUAUUACUUGAUAGAAAGCGGAUUAGCACUAAUGGUGGCAUUUCUCAUAAAUGUCUCUGUGAUAUCAGUGAGUGGUGCUGUUUGUAAUGCCUCAGAUUUGAGUCCAGAAGAUCAAGCGAGCUGCGAAGAUCUGGACUUGAACAAAGCUUCGUUUCUUCUACGGAACGUUAUGGGUAAAUGGAGCUCAAAGAUAUUUGCAAUUGCGUUGCUUGCUUCGGGUCAGAGCUCAACAAUAACUGGAACUUAUGCUGGUCAAUACGUAAUGCAGGGGUUUCUUGACUUGACACUAAAGCCAUGGCUUAGAAACUUCUUAACUAGAUGCUUAGCUAUAAUCCCGAGUUUGAUUGUAGCUCUCAUAGGUGGCUCAGCUGGAGCUGGAAAGUUAAUCAUCAUUGCCUCGAUGAUCUUAUCCUUUGAGCUCCCAUUUGCUUUAGUCCCACUACUUAAAUUCACUAGCAGCAACACCAAGAUGGGAGCACACGCCAAUUCUUAUCUGAUUUCAUCUGUGACUUGGCUCAUUGGUGGACUGAUUAUGAGUAUAAACAUAUAUUAUCUAGUAAGCAGCUUCAUCAAGCUGCUUCUCCAUGGUCACAUGAAGCUUGUAUCUCUUGUCUUCUUAGGACUUCUUGGAUUCUCAGGCAUUGCAAUUUACUUAGCUGCCAUUGGUUACCUUGUCCUCCGUAGAAACAGAGAGUCCUCCACACGUUUCCAAGCCUCCGGUAACUCUCAGACCGCGGAAACACUUCCUAGAGAAGACAUUGUGCACAUGCAGUUACCUAAUAGAGCAGUGGUUAGAAGCGACUUAGAUUGA